CGCCAGAAGUAAUGCGCGAUAUUUGUAGAGUCGAUUCCUUUCCGGAGGACUAUGAUGAAUUAUUACAUUAUUACACUCAUAAUGGUUUUCGUGUAAUUGCAUGCGCUUCAAGGAGUUUUACUGAUCUCAGCUGGAUGAAGGCUCAGAAGAUCAAAAGAGAGCAGGUAGAACAAGAUUUAGAGUUUAUAGGCUUUAUAAUAUUUGAGAAUAAAUUGAAGCCUGGUACAGCCUCAGUUGUUGAAACUCUCAAAAGAGCUAAAAUACGACAGAUAAUGUGUACUGGCGAUAAUGUUUUAACCGCAAUAAGUGUUUCCCGUGAAUGUGGAUUAGUUAAUAAGGCCUCAAAAGUUUAUGUACCGAGAUUCGCUCAAGGAUCGUCUCUAAGCUCGCGAGCAUCCAUUUUAUGGGAGAGUUUGGAUAACCCGAAGGAUUCAUUGGAUUCAACAACACUAAAGAUUAUUUCUGUAUCACAUGAUUUUCCUAGCGAAUAUCCGUUUAUUGGUCCUUAUGAAUAUGACCUUGCAGUGACUGGCGAUGUAUUCCGUUGGAUUAUGGAUUAUGGAGAUGAAAUGACGUUAUAUCGGAUGCUUGUCAAAGGUCAAAUUUUUGCCCGUAUGUCGCCAGACGAGAAACACGAAUUAGUAGAAAAACUUCAAGAAAUAGGAUACUGUGUUGGUUUUUGUGGUGAUGGUGCCAAUGAUUGUGGUGCACUUAAAGCAGCUGAUGUUGGGCUGUCACUUUCUGAUGCUGAAGCUUCUGUUGCAGCUCCAUUUACGAGUCGCAAUAUGGAUAUCGGAUGUGUUAUCGAAGUUAUCAAGGAAGGCCGUGCAGCCCUAGUCACAAGCUUCAGUUGUUUCAAAUAUAUGGCUCUGUAUAGCAUAAUUCAGUUCACAACAGUUAGCAUAUUAUAUUAUUAUGGGUCUAAUUUGGGAAACCUUCAG